UGACGGCGAGUCGCGAGUUGGUGCCUGUGGUAUCUACGGCGCGGCUGGUUGUGCCUGGGCUCCUCUCCUCUCCGUGUAUUCUCGGAUCGGACGUUUCGGCUCGCGCACCACCCAUACGACCGUCCCGCGUGCGCGAACGACGCUGUCCAGGCAUACUUCUGCCUUAGGCUGCUGGACCUAUUGUUUCUUGCUUCGCAAUUUCUAGCGCCUCGGGACGUGCAACGCAGGCUUUUUCUGCGGAUUGCCCUGUUUUUUGCUAGCGGAGUGCAGUUGUCGAAUUGCGAUUUGCCGCCGGCAAGCUCGCUCCUCGCGAGCGUUUGGGAACAGCUUGAGACGCCGAGUGCUUAGUUAGGUUCUUGCACAUUUGUUUGCUGACUUGCUUCACGCUCGACUCUCUCAGCGACGAUGCGACGCGUGGGAAAUUGUGUGUGCUACGGUUCGACGGUGGCCUUCCUUCUCCUUGGGAUCUUACUUGGAGACUCAUCAGUUCAAGCCCAGGAAGAGGAAACGGAAGUGCCUCAAGACCGGAAAGUGGAGUUUUUGACGAAAGAGCAGACAUUCUUCCUCAGCCUUGGCGACUCGGUUACUCUCCCGUGCAAGAUCGUCCAGUCAAGCGAGGAUGAGUUCAUCAAGGUCUGGAUCAAGAACAAGGAUAUCCUGUUCGCCGGCAGCUUUCGUGUGGACACGGACCCGAGGAUCAGCCUUGGACCCGAGGGCGAGCUCAAGAUCGACGGCCUGGUAGCCUCGGAUGACGCCGUCUACACCUGCAAGGUCAACAGUCAGAUCGAGCCGAAUUCCAUUCAACACAAGAUCGUCCUCCCAGGACCCCCCAAGGUGUCCACGAUUCCGGAAAGCGGCGAGGUGACGGUAAUGAAAGGGGAGCCCCUGCAUAUCGGCUGCGUGGCGAGCGGAAAGCCAGACUCCACCAUCACGUGGCGACACAUGGAUCAUAUCAGCACCUCAAAUGUGGCACGGUCGUCGAGGUCCAACGACUCUUCCAUUGACGUCAACAAGCUGGUUGAAAACAACCGCAUCGACAUUGAAGCCGCCGACUCGAAGUACUCCGGAACUUACGAGUGCACUGCCUCUAACGGUUACGGCAGGCCGGUCGUGGCCUACAUCACCGUGAAAGUUCUUGGCAAGCCGACGGUGAAGACGUCGCUGCAGUGGUCGUCUGGCGUGGGCGGCAGCUUGAACGCCGAGCUGUUGUGCGUGACGCACUCGGACGUGCCCGGCACAACGCGUUGGCUGCGUACCGACGGCACGUGGCUGAUGCACGGCGAAUCCGUGUCCCUCUACACAUCUGGCAACCACUAUACGGCCCGCUUCAAGCACGUCACCGAGCGAGACUACGGGAACUACACGUGCGAGUCCAAGAACAAGUUCGGCGUCACCUCCGACACCGCCGAACUUCAAGCUGCACCGACCAGGCCUGUCGUGAUAGGCGUCGAAGGCCCGAACUCCACAGCUUACCUCAUCUCGCUUUCCUCGGUGGCUCCGUAUCCCAUCAGCAAGUACAUCAUCUACAUCCGGGCGGAAAAGCACGCCCAAGACGUUGACGAGUGGCGGAAUAUCACGAUUCCUAGAAGCCACAGCCACGACAUGCAGAAGAUGGGAUCGAAGGCAGCCACGAGCUACCUGAUAACCAACCUCGAGCCCGAAACUCGAUACCAGGCGUUCGCUGUCGCCACCAACGAAAUGGGCACGAGUGGUCUCACCAGCUUCGACUUUAUGACCGCAUUCGCCCUCCCUAAACAGCCAUUGAGUACCAAAGCCAGCGAAGAAGUUGAAACUGGUCUACAAGCUAAUGACCCUGAUGCUUUACAAGAGCAGAUCAAGGAUAGCGGCAACGGAAACGCCGGCACCCGGGCCACCAGCUUCAGUCCGCACAUGGUCGGAUGCGUCACUGUGGCCCUGCUGUCGAUUUUUUUCUGCUGAACACGUCGAUCGCCAUGAGCCGGAUAGUUUUUCUUUUGCCACCCGUGGACUACGUUUGACACAACACACACAGCGCCGCCGCCGACCAACGAACUUUUUUUAUUCUAGAAGCGGCGCGCAUCUGCCAUCUUUCUCUUUCGUUCGCCUCCUUUUACGAUGAAGGAUGUCCACGAUUGAUUGAUUACAAUAACUAUUAUGUUCAUUUUACUUCUUCCUCCUGCCCUCUUUCUCUCAAAAGGUCCACGCGUAAGCUAGAACUCCUUCCGCUGUUGUUCGCGGUGUUUAUUAUUAUUAUUAUUAAUAUUAUUAUUAUUUCGUGACUGCAUCAGUUUUCACAUUUCUACGCUUCGCGCAACUUUUUUACGCGAUCUUCCACGUGUUCACUACGCGGUGCGUGAUACGAGAAAACGCUGGCGGAGAGACAGUCAACGCACAGACGGGUGUUAACAACGUUUUCUCCAAUCAUCCCGCGCUGUGCACUUUGACGCAGCGCGCGUGAGGAAAGCUGCUAUGGGACACACCCACCUAACUAUCUCUCACAAAAAUGACCCACGGUUUACGCGCUUCACGUGUCAUUCGCGUAACGAGCAGCUAUUAAUCGUACCCCACCCGAAAAGUCGUAACGGACUUUAACAACCUUCACACUAUGAAGCUACGUAGGAUACACUCAACACUCUGAAUUCUCAUUUUCUAAGAUUUCCCCCCUUAGCAGCAGCGUCCCUUUUCCGCAAAGCGUAGGUGUGUAGUGGCGAAGGCAUCUGAGAAGUCGAAGGUGAGGAACAGACUUACGACGCAUGCGCGGAUGUGCGAGCGUGGCUAUUCAUGAUCUUUUUUUUUCUUGUUUAUAAUUAUUCUUUCUUACACGUUUCGCAUAGUAAUGUUAGCGAACGCUACGCUCUAAGCGCAAUCACGUUAAGGCUCAUUUCUUAUGUCUUCAUCCGCGGCGCUUGUUUCAUGUACUGCCAUCCAAAGCUUAGAGAUCAUUUAAAAACUUCCAACUAUUCACGCUCUUGCUGGACUUGAGCAAACUCUUAGCACUUAUGAUAUUCAAAGGUUAUGUAAUGUAUUUCUACACAUCAUCCUCAGUUCUUACGGCGAGGUUACAAAUCUCUCAUCUUAUCUCUAACCAAUGGCUCAAGCUUUAAUAAGAGUACAGGAUUUGGCACCUUAAGUCGAUCGAUACGAAGUAUUUUUGUGUUUAAGCAGUUAAGUUAUUGCGCAGUAUACCGCGGCUUUUCACGCUUAAAUGGCACAGUUAAAAGAUCGUGAUAAGUCUAGCCAGUACCCUUCGCUGCCUUUCAUGAUAACUAUCCUUUUAUUUCCGGCAGCGACUUAGGAGCUAUCACAGUUAUCGCCUUACUGUACAAUACUACGCUGUCAAGCGUCGCUGACAUAAUUUGUUUGUGUGCCCUCGCGUUAACGUCGUGUUCUGUGAAAUUCGUGGCCGCAACAAAAAAUGCGCCAGUAUAAUUUCCUGUCAACCUCGUUCUUCGUUAUGUUUUCUCUUGCUUUUUUUUUUUUUUCAGCUAGCGCGAAACACGAUGUCUUGUCAUGCUCGUUUUGUAUAGCUUGUUCUAUGGAAGCUGUAAAAAAAAAAAAAGAAAGCAUAUAUAUAUAUAUGUAGCGCAAGUUCUAUUACCCCUUUUUUUUUCUCUGUCUCUUUUGUAUCCAUUAAUUUCAUCGUCGAAAGUGUCAGCGUCUGUGUUUCUGGACUGAGAAGUUAUACAUAUAAAUAUACACUGUCCGUUUUCUUUUUUUUUUUUCUUGUGACUGCGAAGUAUUGCGUCGGAUAGGAGAACGAAAGGAAAAGAAAAAUAAAAGCGCACGGAAGUGGCUUUGUCGCGGCUAAUUGCGUUAUUCUAGCGAGUAGCAGUGUUGUUCUGAACGUUGUGUUUCUCGUCACAUAGACGCCGGCAUUUCUCUCUCUCUCUUUGGACAGCCAUGCACGUCGCAAAUUUUCGACUGCUCCAAACUCCUCCACAUGUUGAUGAAAUUAGGCUAGACUCAUUUGUAUUAAGGCGACAGGUACCGUUUAAACACGGGAAGGCGGGAUAUAAAGUUGACAGACACUCUGUUGUUCAUAUUUUCGGGGAAGCAAUGUGAAAUGUGCAAGUUUUGACGGUGAGCGCGUGCUGAGCCCCAUUUGAAAACGAGCUCUCAAAGUAAUUUACGUUUACCCGACAGUUUUCCUUUUGCUAGCCUAAGGGCGCACGAGAGUAGCGGGCCUUUUGAAUAGUCCUUCCCGUAACUUAAUUUUCUUUCAGUUAUUUGCACGUUUUCAGCAGCUAAGUUAAUUGGCGCACACUGCGAUGUACAUACACUUAAAUGGAACGUGCGAGCCUGUGCGAGACAAGAUACCUUGUGGCGUCGGGCAAACGUCGUCGAGCCUGUCACCUCAGCGUUUCAAAGGAAACGUUAGCAAACUGCGUCCAUCUAUUAGUGUCAGCAAUGCGGAAGCGCAAGCCAGGAUUGGGUACGAGCACGUACUUUCAAAUCGUCCACUGAAAAGCAAGGUAUAUUUGUUCCCGCCAGUAAGUGAACACUCAACUGUUGCACUUCUAUUUAUAGCUUCAAACGAAAGCACAGCGCUCGGGUAAUCAGCUACAGAGUUUUUCUCUUCAAUAAAGUGCCGUUGAAAUUUUUGUAACAAGUUUUUAGGCGAUACAUUGUAAAGGAAAUAUUGGCGCCUAUCGAAAGAGCAGUGACGGCUGAUGCAAGAAGCGUCGAUUGCUGCAGUGCGGAGAACGGUCGGCGUGUCAGAGCACUACUGCUACUCUGAUGAAACUAGGAGAAAAAUAAAAAUAAUGAAAUGAAGUUGCGUGUAUUAGUGUUUCGACUGCGGCUGGUCUCUGCUAGAGUAUUUAUUGCACCGAAGAGCAGAAGUCCAAUCCCAUGACUCACUUAAAUCCCGGUCACCUUCACUUGCGUGUCGCAACGUUGUUGUAGCCUUCUAGCACCUGUUUAGCGUGUCGCGCCCAAAAUAUUGUGAAAGAAUGUUAGUGGCACAGUGCACUUCAAUACUUGGAAUUCUAACGCCAUAGAGCGCCAAGUAUUGUUGUUAACUGUGCGAUGCGAGGUAACGAAUGGUUUUUGAAAGGUUUCCUUGUGUGUUUAUUUUACUUUUCUGUUUUUUUUAUGGGCGUUCGAACACUUCGUCAAGCUCCUAUAACCUAUACUGCCAUCUAUUUAAACUCUCGUUACUGAUGCUGACGGCUAGGAAGCCUAGAUUUGUCCUCUUGUCAAGAGACGCUGCUAGCUGAUGCUAUUUGCAGUGAGUGGCGAACGUAUGUACAUUAACUACGCGAGAGACCAUCUUCUAAUACAACACAAUGGUUGAUGGAAAAAAUAAAUCUUUCAAAGCGCGACCAAAGGCAAAAUUUAGGCGUUAACCACAUAAGCAGCUCAUUUUCAAAGUACUGAACGUAAAUGAGGCUCCCGAAUAACGUGUCCUUUUUUUUCUGUCUUUUGUUUCACUUUGAGCCUAGGUGACAUGUCCGGUUGUACAUUCCAAGCUACUGUGACAGAAAUUAUUUGCAGUUGUGGCCUCUCUGUUUCAACUCUACAUGAUUUCGCCCGCGGCAUCAGUCACACCAAAGUGCCUCUGAGUUUGUAAGCGUUAUGAAAAAGAAAGCUAAAAAAGCUGAAGUGAUUAGUGUUACAUCAGAUUCGUCACGAACAUUGCAACAGUUCUGCACCCAGCUGUUCUCUUCAAAACUGGCUGGUAGAUUUGCCCAAACGGUCUUCGUGGAAAAUCAUUUGGUUGUACUUGCCGACAGCGCCUUCUUUUUGCAUACUGAAUACUUCUCUCAGUUGCUCCUAGCGGUGAGGUAGAGCCUAUGCGACGAGGACCUCUUACCCAAGCACCGCCUGUGACGCGCUCUCGCAAUACAGACACAGCCCGACGAGCAGUUGUCACUGCUGCAAAUAAUUUCUCUUGGCAUUUGGAAUAUACAAGGAAAGCAGUUCAGUCUUGUGGAUUUUGUGAAUGUUCUGUCAAUAAAGUCAAAUACAACC